GAGCUGAAGGGACAGAAUCUCAGUGGCACUCUCCCACAGGAGUUGGUCAAUCUCCCUUACCUUAGAACUAUUGACCUUUCUCGCAACUACCUCAGUGGCCCAAUCCCUCCACAAUGGGGUUCCAUGCAACAAAUUGAGUCCAUUUCUCUUCUUGGAAAUCGUUUAACGGGUUCCAUCCCAAAGCAGAUAGGGAGCUUAAGCACUCUUAGGAUUUUUACUGUGGAGUUUAAUAAUCUAUCAGGAACUUUGCCUCCAGAGCUUGGGAACCUAGCAGGCAUUGAGAAUCUUCAUUUUACUUCCAACUACUUUACUGGAGAAUUGCCACCAGAAUUUGCUAGGCUAACCUCUUUGAAGGACUUUCGAAUUAGUGACAACCAAUUCACAGGAAAGAUACCUAAUUUCAUCCAGAAUUGGACAAAUCUUGAAAAGUUACUAAUUCAAGCAAGUGGCUUGAUGGGACCAAUUCCUUCUAACAUAAAUGCAUUAGCAAAGCUAACUGAUUUGAGAAUUAGUGAUUUAAAUGGAACCGAUCCAACAAAAUUUCCUCAACUUACUAGUAGAAAGUUGAAGACACUGAUACUGAGGAGUUGCAAUAUUGUUGAUAAGCUGCCUGACUAUUUGGGGAAAAUGACAUCUUUGACGACUUUAGAUCUAAGCUUUAACAACCUCAGUGGAGAAAUUCCACUAAGCUUUAUGAAUCUUAUGGAGACAACUAAUUACAUUUAUUUGACUGGAAACUUGCUCAGUGGGAUCAUUUGUCCUCAGAUACUGGAAAGCGGCAAGAACGUUGAUCUUUCAUAUAACAAUUUCACCCCAGAGUCAACUUGUCCACAACAGCGAGUGAAUUUGUUUGCAAGCUAUCCAGGGAGCAACGAGCCAGGGGUUUUUUCAUGUUUGGGAAGAUCUGAAUGUCAAAAAACAAGGUAUCAUCUCUAUAUUAACUGUGGCGGAGACAAGGUAGUUCUAAACAAAACCAUAUAUGAAGAAGAUACAGAUCAAGAAGCAGCUUCAAAACUUGUUGUACAUGUUGAUGGCGAUUGGGCACUUAGUAGCACUGGUCACUUCAAUGAUAAGCAAAGUGUAGACCGCUUUACUUUGAUGACAAAUGCUGAAGUCUCUAUCAAAGAUUCAGAACUGUACAAGAGUGCACGCCUUUCAGCCAUCUCUCUCACUUAUUAUGCAUUCUGUAUGGGAAAUGGGAACUACACAGUAAAUCUCCAUUUUGCAGAAAUAAGGUUCACUGAUGAUAAGACAUAUAGCAGCUUGGGGAGGCGCGUAUUUGAUAUUUACAUUCAGAUGGGAUGGUGGCGCAAUGACAUCUGGACAUGGAAAUUGCCGUGGACAAGGAGAUUAUAUAGUUGGGAAGACCAAGAAGAAUCAGAGUUCUUGAAGGAAAUUCAGGAAACAAUAAUCACAAGAGGAAAAACUGAUGUGUGGGAGUGGAUACAUAGCAAGAACGGGGAAUACACAACAAGGUCUGCUUACAAGGCACUUAUAAUGGAGCAUAGGCUGGAACAAAAAGGAGUGACUCUCCAAAAAAAUGAAAAGUUGCCUCUUCUCAUUGUCAGAUUGGUUCUAGGACCCAGUAUCUUGCUUAAGAGGUGCUAUAGCAAGAAGAGGGCAAAACAGGGCGACAAUACCAGGUUCACUGAUGAUAAGACAUAUAGCAGCUUGGGGAGGCGCGUAUUUGAUAUUUACAUUCAGGGCAAGCUGGUGCAGAAGGAUUUCAACAUUGUGGAUGAAGCAGGUGGGGUCGGCAAGGCUAUUAUAAAAAACUUUUCUGCUGCUGUGACCAAGGGUACCUUGGAGAUUCGUCUAUAUUGGGCUGGAAAAGGAACAACAGAUAUUCCUGUCAAAGGCGUUUAUGGUCCUCUUAUAUCAGCUAUAUCCGUUAAUCCUAAUUUUAUACCUCCGUCUAAAAAUUGGAGCCUGGUGGUCGGAGUUCUAGUUCUGGUUGGAGCAGCAUUUGCUCUUCUUUUGAUCUUUGGUAUUGUUUGGUGGAAACGCUUCUUAGGACAGAAAAACACACUGGAACAAGAUCUAAAAGGUUUGGGCUUGCAGACAGGUUCUUUUAGUUUGAGGCAGAUUAAAGCAGCUACCAACAACUUUGAUCUUGCUAAUAAGAUUGGAGAAGGUGGUUUUGGUCCUGUUUACAAGGGCCAGUUGACAGAUGGUAAGGCUAUUGCUGUUAAGCAGCUAUCAGCGAAAUCAAAGCAAGGAAAUCGCGAAUUUGUGAAUGAAAUUGGCAUGAUUUCUGCUGUGCAACAUCCUCAUCUAGUAAAGCUAUAUGGAUGUUGUAUUGAAGGAAAUCAACUCUUGCUAAUAUACGAGUACAUGGAGAACAACAGCCUUGCU